UUUUGUCAUUAAACAGUUGUCGAGCAUGGAGAAGGUAAACAGUGGACGGGUGAAAUGUUUUCACAGUUAACAUAAAUCAGUGAUAUUUAUCCAAUAACAGUUGCCGCGCCAUACACGGACAAUAGGCACUGUUGUUGUCCUGUGUGUUAACGAUCGGUUUGUUCUGCGCUGUGCGUUCCAAACGGUUGCCAAUUGCUCUGUACUUUUCAUUUGGCAUUCGUUGGCAGCCUGCUCGAUCCAUCAUGACGAUCUCCUAUCAGCUAAAAGUAGCCAAUGCUACUUUUGCCGGUUUUCCGCGUUUACUCCUGCGAUGGCGCGGGAGUGUUUAUAAAUUAAUGUACAAGGAAUUUCUCCUGUACGCCUUUUGUUAUGCGCUUAUGAGCUGCGUGUACCGGCUGGCCUUAACGGAUGACCAAAGAAGGGUUUUCGAGAAAUUAUGUGUGCAUAUCGAAGAAUCCAUGAACCAUGUGCCGUUAACGUUUGUACUGGGAUUUUAUGUGACGUUUGUGGUGUCGCGUUGGUGGGAGCAGCUGAUCAGUUAUCCAUGGCCCGACAGGAUGACUUAUUUAAUAAUUUUCUACAUCACUGGAGAGGACGAACGAUCCAAAAUGUACCGGCGUCAAUUGACGCGCUAUUUACAAGCCACCACCAUCCUUCUCACUCGCACUCUCAGCUUGGUUUGCAAAAAACGCUUCCCCUCCUUGGAGCACAUGGUGGAAGCCGGUCUGCUGACCAAAGAAGAACUGCAGAAUAUGAACGACAUCAAACUGCAGUACGGCAAGUUCUGGGUGCCCUUUGUCUGGUUCACCCAGACCCUGGAGCAGGCCCGCGCCGAGGGCCUGAUCAAUGACCCCACCGGCGUCGGGGUCAAGCAGAUCAUGGACGAGCUGCUGGUGUUCCGUUCGCUGAUGGGGAAGAUGUUUGCCUAUGACUGGGUCAGCAUACCCGUCAGCUACACGCAGGUUGUCACGCUGGCGGUAUACACUUACUUCCUGGGAUGUAUUUUCGCGCGGCAGUUUUUGGAUCCGGAGCAGAAGAUUAAAGGUCACGGGUUCGAUAUGUAUGUGCCUGUGUUCAGUAUACUGCAGUUCAUAUUUUACGUUGGAUGGCUAAAAGUGGCGGAAACCUUGAUUAAUCCUUGGGGUGAAGACGAUGACGAUUUUGAGGUUAACUGGUUUAUUGACCGGCAUACACAAGUCGGCUUCUGUAUUGUGGAUGACAUGCAUCACAACGGACCAUCUCUAUCCAAGGAUAAAUUCUGGGGACAAACACAGGUCCAGAUGCCGUACACCAUUGCGGCAGCCGAUGAUAAGCGCAGCAGUGAUCUGGCUGACCUUGGAUCUACCAUGGAAUUUACGGUACCGCUCAACCAGCAACGCAUGUCGGUCAGCGGACCAGCCGGCAGCCGUCGUGCCUCCUCCGUCCACUCCAUCGACGGCAUCCCCGCCGCCAGUCUUUUGCCGCGGGUAUCCAAACAGUGGGACACACCCGGCGGCCUCUUGUCCAGGCGGAAAAGCGGGUUAUCUACCGGUCACGGUACCGUCCACUGGGCGUUGCCGGAUCGCGAUACCAUGCGGAUCAUCGAGGAAUCACCGACCGCAUCCGAAAAGGACUCCUUCUUGCCGACGUCCAGCGUGUCGUCCAAGGACCAUGGGCCAGUUUCCAUUGCGACGCAAGUGCCGACGCUAGUCACCAACAACGAAUACUUCUUCCCGCGGUCCACCGGAACACAGGCUCCCAGUAUUAUUUCCGGUUCGGAUAUUGAUUCGGGAUCUGAUGUUGUGCCGCCGAUGUACUCCACGACCGCCAUUAUACCGCCCUCCUCGCCGCUCAAAGUCUCCAUUGUGACGCGAGAAAAACGUCCCGGAAGGAAUUGGCAGAUGCGCCGCGAUUCCCGCACUAUGGUAGGAGAGCAUGGUGACCGCGGCGUUCACACGGAAAUUGUACGCUCUCCGGAUCGUCUGCACCGGGCAUCGCCCACUGACCGAUCACGACAUGCUCCCGUUCUGAAAAUGCAUCAUUUAUAAAUCAUCAGAGUAUCAGCGCCCACAGGUGUAGAUUUUCGGUGCGCAUGGAAGUGUCAGUUGUUUGGGAAAAACGCCAAAGAUGUAGUGUACAUUAAGUGCGAACUUAACGAUAAGAUUAACGCUAGCGCUGCUUUGUGAAAUCCCCUAACUGCGUACCUAAUGUUUAACCUUGAUCGUGGAAAAGUUAAUAAAAA